CUUCGUUUCACCCUAGGUCUCCUUUAGGGUUGAAAAUGUCAAUUUCCACCCACUUUUCAAGAUAGUCUCAUUAGAUUAUUUUGUAAUUUCCUGAUCGAUAUCGUAUUCAUUGCAACUCAAUUCGAUAACCAGAUGUUGUGCAGCACAAUCGAGAAGAUGCAUAAACUUGUGACCGAUAUGUCAUUACUAGUGAGUGAGAGCUCAAACGAUGUCCCAGUAAAUAGUAAUAUACUAUGUUAUCAUACGAAAAAGGAGGAUUUCUACAGACAACUUCAAUGAACACUGGACAAGACGUCAGUUGGCGAUAUCAAAAUUCUUAUGGGCGACAUGAAUGCCAAACUGGGAGGGGACAACACAGGAAGAGAACUAACCAUGGGUCGAGAGGCGCUAGGUGAAAUGAAUGAGAAUGGAGAAAUGUUUGCAGAAUUCUGUGCAUUCAACGAUUUGGUGAUUGGAGGCAGUGUGUUCAGGCACAAAGAUAUCCACAAAGUGACAUGGAUUUCACCAGAUGGACACACUAAAAAUCAAAUCGACUUUAUCUCAAUCUCAAGAAAAUGGAGACGCAGUCUACUUAACACAAGGUCAAGAAGAGGAGCAGAUGUAGGUUCAGACCACUAUCUAGUGCAAGGAACCUUCCAAAUCAAGUUAAAAGCCUUCAAGGAAGCUGGUGAUAGACCUCAAUUCAAGUACAACACUCGGAAACUGAAGGAUGAAACUACAAAGGAGAUCUUCAAGGCAGCGAUCAGGACAAAAUGGGAGACACCGAGCAACAUCCCUGAAGAAACCUGUGUGGAAGAACACUGGAAGUCUUUGAAAGCUAUGUGGAAAGAAACCUGCACAACAGUAUUAGGAAGGAAGAAGAAAGAAGACAAGGAAUGGAUCUCGACGGAUACCUGGAAGCUGAUAGAGGAGAGGAGGAUGGUGAAGCAGAGGAUAAACCAGUGCAAGGAUGCUCAACGACAAGAGGAACUGAGCACAAUGUAUAAAACACUGGACAAAGAAGUGAAGAAGAGUGCACGCAAAGACAAAAGACACUUCUACGAAACACUGGCAAGUGAAGCAGAACAGGCUGCAGGUAAGAGAGACCUGACGACAUUGUAUCAAAUAACCAGGUUGCUAUCAGGGAAGAGACCAACACAGAUGAAACCAAUAAAAGAUGAAGAAGGAAAUUUAAUUACGAAAGAAGAGAAACAGAGGAAACGAUGGGCCGACCACUUCAAGAAGCUCUUGAAUCGACCACCACCUGCACUUCGUCAAGAAAUACCACCUGCAGCCUCCGAACUACAAGUGAACAUUAAUCCCCCAACGAAAAUGGAAGUCCUGAACGCCAUAAAGCUACUGAAAUGCGGGAAAGCAGCAGGACCAGAUGGAAUACCGCCAGAAGCACUGAAAACAGAUGCAGAGACAACAGCGGCCAUGCUCACACCACUAUUGCAGAAGGUGUGGAAGGAAGAGAAGGUACCUGCCGGUUGAUUGGAAGAAGGGUUACCUUGUCAAACUGCCGAAGUAGGGAGACCUCAGUGCUUGCAAGAACUGGCGCGGAAUUACUCUCCUGUCCACCCCAAGUAAAAUAUUAAGCCGCAUCAUCCUGGAGGGGCUUAAAGACGCACUGGAUUCAAAACUACGACCGGAACAGGCAGGCUUCAGGAAGUACAAAUCAUGUGCAGACCAAAUUGCAACGCUUCGUAUCAUCAUAGAACAGAGCGUAGAAUGGCAAUCACCUCUCCACCUCAACUUCAUCGACUUUGAGAAGGCCUUUGACAGCGUCGACCGAGAAGUAAUUUGGAAACUGCUUCAAUACUACGGAGUACCGCAAACCUUUAUCCGCC